UACCAGGCAAAAACACUCAGAAGCGACAUUAAGCUCGCAGACCCCGCAAGGCACGGUACGCACACAGAGCAGUACAGUACGCAGUGACGGUGACGUGCUUCAAGUGAUUUAUAAAUUUGUGACAUAUCGGAUUAUUAUCAACCAACCAUGGUGACCACCACAACAGUUCUUCAGCAAAAUGCCAUAUCCAGUGCGAUUGCUCCAAACGCCACGGUGGAAUCAACCACCGCGACCACAAGAAGAGUCAGCGACAAUAGACGCAGCAAUAAGCCAAUUAUGGAAAAAAGGCGCAGGGCCCGAAUCAACAAUUGUCUCAACGAACUCAAAACACUCAUACUAGAUGCCAUGAAAAAAGACCCAGCCCGUCACUCAAAAUUGGAAAAGGCCGACAUCCUCGAAAUGACAGUAAAGCACCUCCAAAACCUCCAAAGGCAACAAGUGGCCAUGUCCGCGGCCGCCGAUCCAUCCGUGGUGAACAAAUUCCGCGCCGGAUUCAGCGAGUGCGCCAGCGAAGUGGGGCGAUUCCCCGGUCUGGACCCCAUCAUCAAACGCCGUCUUUUGCAGCACCUCGCAAGCUGCCUCAACCAAGGCGGCAAACCCCAGGAAGUUCCCCAAGUUCAAGUGCACAUCCUACCGAACAAGCCCGAUCCGCAGGUGGUUCCUCAAAGCAGUGGGAUUAUCUUCAGCAACGGAAACGGCACCGGGGUCCAGUUGGUGCCCACGAGGCUUCCCAACGGCGAUAUCGCCCUGGUGCUGCCCACGAAUGUGUCGCAAGGAAGUCCCCAACACAUGAACUCCCCCGUUCCCUUGUUGGUGCCAAUCUUGCCCGAUAGAUCUCCGUCAGUGCAUUCGGCAACGAGCAGUACGUCGAAUUAUUCGCCAAGUCAUAGUCCCGAGCCUAUGGACACCAUGUACUGUCAGCCUAAACCUUUGUCCUUGGUAGUGCGGAAAUCCGCGGAUCCUGUGGAGGAUGACAAACCCUGGAGACCGUGGUAGAUUAGCGUUUCAAGGACGAUGUAAAUAAACGUGUUGUGAUAUAUUGAAGGAUAUUCAGUAUUAAUGUUAUUAUUUUGAAUUCUUCUAGAAGCCAUAUGUAAUAGGUGUAAAUUGUAUAUAAAUCCUGAAAUGGUCACGGAACAGUGCAAAUAAUUAAUAAUGCAUCCUAGAUGAUUGAAUCGUACGAUUCAAAAGCUGUGAAUAGAUUUGUACAUAUUUUUUAAGAGAGUUUUAUUUGGAUAGAUAUUUAAUUAUUUAGAUUUUAAUGUGCCUUAUCGACAGCAAGAUCUAAUAUGUCUUCCAUGUUGAGUACUAUAUAUAACAUAGUAUAUUUACUGUGCUAAUAUACAAUUAUUUUAAAUAUUUUGAA